AUGGCCCUGGUCCUUGGCCUCGUCGCAGCGGCCGCCCGCGCCAUGGGCAGCAACGACCACGACCGGCAACAGAACCUCAACUACAACAGCAGCCGCAGCGACCCGUAUCGCAACAACAAUGAGCAUCAUCACAACGGCUGCAGCUCCACGUCCUCUCCCUACGCCGCCUACCCUCCCCAAACGAUGGGCAGCGGCAGCCGCCGCGCAGAGCGUCGAAUGGAGAAGCAGGCGCGCAAGGCGGAGCGAAGGGCCAGAAACAACGACAUGCUGCUGUCCUUGAUGAGCGGCUCGCGGGGGGCUUCCGGUUCAGCAGGGCUUUCGGGUGGGAAUAAUACUACUACCAGUAUGCAUCAUCAGCCUGGUCAUGGUGGUGGUGUCCCUUACGUGGGCUAUGGCGAGCGCUCAAGAGGUCGGGAUGGGUAUAACGGGCCACAAAGGGAAGGGGUCUCAGAGCGAGAUGAAGGUCUUCGUCAGAGUCGCAACCGUCCGGAGAGCUCCUCGGAGACGCUACCGACGUAUGAGCAGGCGGUUCGCAGGUCGGACAAGUCGAGGAGAUGAUAUGUGAUGAUGCAGAGCGUGAUGGUGGUUCAGCUCCCAUUCCCCUUG